CACCUAGUCUAUCGCAGCAGAAAUCUCUACAACGGGGGGCGACCCUCUCUCAAAGCCUAUCACUCCUGCUCAGGCAUUUUUCGAAUACAACGGAAAGACAGCUAUUUCAAAGGGAGAGAACUGUAGCUGAUCCAGCUUUAUCAUCGUUCGCAAUGGCGGGCAUUGUACGUUUCCGGCGAUACCGACCCCUGUUGUUACUUGCGGUUAUCACAGUUGUCGUUUUUGUCCAUUUUACUUCCUUCAAAGAUACCAGUGCUGCCUUCCCAGUUGAUCGACUGAAGUCCCAUACAGGAUCGAGCUCUGAAACAAAGCUUGACCAGAGGCCAGUGGGGGAGAAAAGGCCAAAACCGCCCCCAAUUGUGCCGAUUCCUCCCAUUGAUAAGCCUUCACCCAAGCCUCAUACAAAGCAACCUGCAACCAAGUCAGGGGCUCUGGGGCCGAGCAAAUCUCCGGCGACUGCAUCGGUAUCGCCUAAAUCCACACUUAAGGAAGUGGCAAUUCCGACUGUUCCAUCUGUUAAACAUCAUGAUCACAGCACCGAAACUUCCGGGGCUGUUCCUGCUGCUGGAGGUGAUCGAUGGGUCAAGUUACCGGAACACUUCCCCGUACCUUCGGAAUCAAUUAUCCCAUUGCCGACUCCUCAGCCAGAGAAGAUUCCUCAAAUACAGGCCUCCUUUGGUACUGAAAGUGAAACCAAGCGUAAGGUUCGCCUCGAGCGCCUGGAGGCUGUUAGGGAUGCCUUCAAGCGUUCAUGGAGCGGAUACAAGAAGUAUGCAUGGGGCCACGACGAACUUAUGCCCGUGAGUAAAUAUUUCAAGGACCCUUUUGGUGGCUGGGGAGCAACCUUGGUAGAUUCUCUGGACACUUUAUGGAUCAUGGGUAUGGAAAACGAGUUCAUGGAGGCAGUUGACGAAGUGGCCAAAAUUGACUUCACCACUACACCCAUGGCCUCAAUUCCUGUUUUUGAAACCGUUAUUAGGUAUCUCGGAGGGUUGAUUGCGGCGUACGAUGUUUCUGGAGCAAAGCAUGAAAUCCUGCUCACUAAGGCGAUCGAGCUGGGUGAUAUGAUAUACGGCGCUUUUGACACUCCGAAUCGAAUGCCGGUACUACAUUGGGGGUUCAGACCAAGGCAAACAGCUUUAGAAGUUCGCGCAGACAUAAGGUCUAUCUCAGCCGAGCUUGGUUCCUUGACUGUCGAGUUUACACGCCUGGCCCAGAUAACCGGAAAUAACACUUAUUAUGAUGCGGUCCAGCGGAUCACAGAUGCGCUGGAGGAAUCCCAAAAUGAAUCCAAUCUUCCAGGAAUGUGGCCGAUGAUAAUUGACGCUUCUGGCUGUAAGGUUAGAGAGGAAAAGUUUACGUUGGGAGGUAUGGCUGACUCAUUGUAUGAAUACUUGAUUAAGGAGUACAUCCUAUUAGGUGGACAAGAUCAAUAUAAGAAGAUGUAUGAGGCCGUAGUUGAGGUUGCAAAAGAGCAUCUCUUUUAUCGGCCUUAUGCAGCUGGGGAUCCUGACAUCCUUCUCACCGGAAAUGUUUAUGUCACCUCGGGUAUAAAGCCCCGUUUUGAUGGAGACACGGGCCAUUUGAGCUGUUUUGUUGGUGGAAUGUUGGCGCUGGGAGCUAGGGCACUCGGCCGCGAUGACGAUCUCAAGUUUGCUGCUAAGAUCACGGAUGGCUGUGUUUGGGCCUAUGAUGCCUUCCCUACUGGGAUUAUGCCAGAGUGGUUUCGAGUUGCUCGAUGCAAUAAGACUACUGAGUGCCAAUUCGACACGGGGCUGUACCACGAUAUGCUAGUCCCAGCUUAUCUACGGCCUACAGAGUUGCCGAUAGUGGAACCCCACCAACACCCUAAGAGGGCCCCGAUCGAGGUACUAAGGACAGUGACUGAAAUUGCGCAUAAUAUAAUCAAAGAAGAAGGAUUACCAUCUGGAUUCACUAUGAUUGGUGAUAGGAGAUAUAUCUUGCGACCGGAAGCCAUUGAAUCUGUGUUCAUAAUGUAUCGUGUGUCAGCCGACUCGAAGUGGCAGGAUAAAGGAUGGAAGAUGUUCCAAAGCAUUGUCAAAGCCACGCAGACAGAGGUUGCGUAUUCCGCAAUCGCAGGCGAACGUGACAAGGGCUCGUGGGGAUCCUCAAUUUUUGCAAUUGGAUUCUCAAGAAUCAUUCUUUAACGCUGAGACACUCAAAUAUUUCUACCUCUUGUUCAGUGACCCAAGCGUUAUCUCUUUGGAUGAAUACGUCUUGAAUACCGAGGCCCAUCCGCUUGCCCGGCCGAAAAAACAGUCGGCUUAGUAGUUGGCCAUUAGACCUUGCCGUAGGUUAGUUGCCUGCUGUCAUUGUGGGAAAACGAGGGGCAAAAGGAAUAAUCUCAAGUUUUGAUUGAGGGUUUUUGUAUGAUACACCACUUUUUGAUAUUUAUGUCCUGCUUUGUGGGGUUUUUGUCCUUUUUUGUGUGUGGGUUUCGUUCGAGCCGUGAAAAAGGGGAAAACAAAAGGAACCUCCUAUUCUGGUGACGGUGGUGACCGGGUGCUGGUUUGAUACCGC